GCGGAGGGGAGGGAGAGAGAGAGGGGAGGCGGGGAUGAAGGAAGGGAGGGAGGAGGAGGAGGAGUUCCCUCCGGUGAGUGCAGAAGCCCUCUGCUCUGCAUUCCGGCGGAGCUUUCAGGCACACACCGGCCGCUGCGCAGUCCCGGGCCGAAACCAUUUCUCUUGAGCUCAAAGAGAAGACCUGAAGGGGGAAAGUUGCACCGCGUGUGGUUCCCGCAGUUUUUCCUUCUUUGAUGUGUUUGUUAUUCGGAGCUGUGGUGGAAUGGUUCACUUUUCGUCACAGAGCUGUCUGAACUGUGAGAGAAGACGCUGUAUGUCUUUUUAAGGUACAAGCCUACCUUUAUCCAAGCAUUGUUACUACAAUUGGUGUACCAUGGUGAUCAUGACAGACACCAGCAGGGCUGCUCAACCCAGCCCUGCGCAGGGGAGGCCACUUCAGGUCGGCUUCUAUGAGAUCAUCCGCACCCUGGGGAAAGGAAACUUUGCAGUGGUGAAACUGGCCAAGCACAAAGUCACCAAAACACAGGUGGCAAUAAAGAUCAUUGAUAAGACCAGGCUGAGCCCCUCUAACUUGGAGAAAAUUUACAGAGAGGUGCAGAUAAUGAAGCUGCUGAACCAUCCCCACAUCAUCAAGCUCUACCAGGUCAUGGAGACCAAAGACAUGCUCUACAUUGUGACAGAGUAUGCAAAGAACGGAGAAAUGUUUGACCACCUGACCUCAAACGGCCGCAUGAGUGAAGACGAGGCACGAAAGAAGUUCUGGCAGAUCCUCACAGCGGUGGACUACUGCCACCGACAUCACAUCGUCCACCGCGACCUCAAAACUGAGAACCUGCUGCUGGAUGCCAACAUGAACAUCAAACUGGCCGACUUUGGAUUUGGAAACUUCUACAAAGCAGGCGAGCCUCUGUCUACAUGGUGCGGCAGUCCACCUUAUGCCGCUCCUGAAGUGUUUGAGGGGAAAGAAUAUGAGGGGCCACAGCUUGACAUUUGGAGCCUCGGUGUGGUGCUUUAUGUUCUGGUCUGCGGCUCUCUUCCAUUCGAUGCGUCCAGCCUUCCUGCUCUCAGGCAAAGAGUCACUGAGGGCCGAUUCAGGAUUCCUUUCUUCAUGUCCCAAGACUGUGAAAAUCUGAUUCGUAAGAUGCUAGUGGUGGACCCGGCCAAAAGGAUCAGCAUAGCCCAGAUCAAGCAACACCGCUGGAUGCUGACCGACCCGUCGGCCGCCCGCCAGACCCUCAGCCAUUCCCUCACAGAGUACAACUCCAACCUUGGUGAUUACAGCGAACCGGUGCUGGGCAUCAUGAACACACUGGGCAUCGAUCGCCAGAGGACAAUCGAGUCUCUGCAGAGCAGCAGCUAUAAUCACUUUUCCGCCAUCUACUACCUGCUGCUGGAGCGGGUGCGAGAGCACCGCGCUCAGCAGCUGAGUCGUCAUUGUGGGACCUGGAGCCAGAGGCCCAGAAGCACGUCUGACUCCACUGGCCCAGAGGUUAUCAUGGAAUCCAGUGAGACGUUUAGAGCUACUCCUUUCUCGAUUCCAGUCAAAAAUACUUCCCCUGUGUACUCUGAGGUGGAGUGUGACCAAGGUGGAUUAUUCCAGCGGGUGGUGUUCCCAGUGGAGGCCAGCCUGAACAGACUGCUCUGGAACCGCUCGAUUUCACCCAACAGCCUGCUUGAGACGAGCAUCAGUGAGGAGGUGCGUCCUAGGGACCUGGAGGAGGAGGAGGCGACUCAGACCCUCGGGCCCUUGCUUCCACCCACAACGUCCCGCAGACACACUUUAGCCGAGGUCUCCGCCCGCUUCCACCAGUGCAGCCCUCCAUGUAUUGUGGUCAGCCCUUCAGAUGGAGCCUCAUCGGACAGCUGUCUGAAGUCCUCAUCUAGUCCCGCUUCCACAUUGCAGUCUGCUGUGGGGGCGAUGUCAACACUUCUGGCCUCAGGGGCUGAAGGUGGAGCUCUGCUGCCUGCCGGAGCUCCUCUGGCUCUCUCCUCCCACCUCCUUCCUCAAGCUCAGAGCAGUUUGCCUGCUGCCAGCUUCCAGGAGGGUCGCAGGGCAUCUGACACCUCCCUCACACAAGGCCUCAAAGCUUUCCGCCAGCAGCUGAGGAAAAACACACGCACCAAAGGGCUUCUGGGUCUAAAUAAGAUCAAAGGUUUGACAAGGCAGGUUGUUCCCCCGCCCUCCUUCAACCGCGGCAGCCGAGGCUCGCUUGGUCCGGCCUUCUCUGAGCACCGCAGCAUGCUAGAGGAGGUGCUGCACCAGCAAAGGAUGCUGCAGAUUCAGCACCAACCUCAACCUCAGGUCCAAGCCACACAGACAGGACCUACCCAGAAUCCCCUGCUCUUCCUAGCGCAGCAGCAGUCGCCUUCUCCUCCACCUACAUCCACAUUUACUGCCUCCUCCAUCUUUAAUACUCCCUCUGCCCAAACUGCCCUGCCUCCUCCUCAGCAGCAGGCUCCUGCGGGCCUCUGGCAUCAAACCCUCGAGACGUCAUCCUUCUCCGGCUGCUCCUCGCCCGUGUCCAGCUGCUACGCCUCCUCCCUGUCUCCCGUGGCCUCCGCUGCCUACCUUCUUGAGGCUCGCCUGCACAUCAGCCAACAGUCUCAGCCUCUCCCCUUCGCCACCCUGCAGCACCCUCGGUUCGCGACCCAGGGCCCCUUCCCUGUCCCAUCCAAACUGGCCGUGUGGAAUGGGGGCUCGGCGUCCGACGUGGACCACAGCAUGCAGGAGCUGGGCCUGGCCGGGCAGCAGCAGCUCAGCAGCUGCGUGAUGGUGAAAUAAAAAGGACAGUCCCAGGAAAUAGAAGAGCACAACUGAGCAGAAGAAACAAAAAGCUGACGCGAGCGACUAACUGACUCAUUGUUCAAAAUGAGGUACACGUGUGAGAAUGUGUACAUGUAUGUGUGUUAUUUGAGACCAUAUAAGCUAAAGACUAAGCAAUAACCAAACUCUGGAUGAUGCAGUAAAUUCAGGAGCCAGAGAAGCAAUAACCAACUGAAAGGCUCUCUUCCAGUUCUCCGAUGGACUCACUUGAAUGAGAUCAGCUGAAAUAUUUGACGCUCAAAUUCUGAUGCUGUCUAAGUGAACAAGAUGAUUCUCUCUUCUGCUCUUUGUUUUUGUUCUUCUUUGUUUAAGUAAGAAGACCAUUCUUCCCCACUUUGUUCGGCUUUCUAAAGACAUUUCUCUGUAGCAGUGCAAUGAACAUGCAGUAUGGCGCCCUGAGCUUAAAAGCGUUCACUGAAGGACUCGUAUCGAAACUGUGACGAUUAGUUUUGUUCUGUGCGAGAUUGUUUUUGCUUAGCAAAAUGCUGCUUUUUACCUCAAGCUGCAGAAAGACUGAAACGUUGUAAUCAGCCAAAACUGAACGAAGACGUGGUCUCGCUGAUUUAGCUAAAGCACAAACAGGUACAUUGGUCCUAGUAGAGCCCUAGAGGCGAAGAUCCACGAUGUCUUUGUUUGCUCUGCACCUCCAUGUUAGAUGCUUUUACUACCUCCUCAGGCAACAGGGUGAAGACAUGGAAACAACACAGGAGAACAUGUUUUUUAAGCUAGACAUAGAAGAGUACCCCAUAGAAAUGAUACGUCAGCUCGUCCGCCAUAUUGUGAGCGGCAGAUUUUCCUUGGGAUGCAAAUCAGUAGUAAAAGAAACACUUAAAUUUCACCUAAUUUGGAUGAAUUGUUUUUUUUUUUUUAUUAUAGUACCGGUAUGAAACAGUGUGCUUAAAAAGGAGUUAAAUUGUACUUUAAUUUUCCUCAAAACAUAUACCAGUUAUGAAAAAAAUAUUAGAGGUGGAACUUUUUCAUCUUUUUUUAGAUAAUAAGAUGUAAUAAUAGCAAUAACAGCAGUAAACACCAGUAAUUAACUUUUUUUUUUUUGCCAUUUAUGCUUUUCAAUAUCACAACAACCACAUCCCUCAGGACAGAGCUACCUUGCUAAUAUUUUUGCCCUCACACUAUUGCGGCGACGUUGACCUACGAUCUGGACGCUCACGGGGCGUCUCCACUCCUGUCUUUGUUUUUCACUCCAGUAUCAGAGGAAAGCUGGACAGAACAAAGACUGUGGAAACAGUGCAAUAUUUCACACAAAAACAUGAUGGAAAGACAAGGUUCAGAAUUACGUAGAUUUUGCCUGAGGUUUUUCUUUGUUUUUUUUACCUUUAAAUGUGUUUGAUCUCACUGUGCUAGUUGGUCCAGCAGAAAAGGUACUCCUUAUGUGAUACAAUAAACAACACUGUACUGAUUUAGAGGAAGGCAUUUCAAAAAUACGGCUGCUUAUUCCUGCAGCGUGCUCAUAGUUAACAAAAAGGAAGAAAUUUUGGGUUUUACCAAAGAGCGAGCAGCACAAGAGUGGGGUGAUCUGUCAACGACACUACUGAUUUUUCCUUUUCAAAUGCUGUCUCAAGAUGUAGCCCAGUGGUUAGCAACCAUUUUUUGGUGAUCAGAAACUCCUGCUGCCACCGAAUCCUAAGGCUACACAUUUUCUUUGUAUCUCUAGCUGUUACUGUCAGGACCAUGGUUGUGUUCUCUCUUUUUUUGUACUUUUCUAAAGAAGAAAAAAAAAAAAAAAAACUAAACCUAAACAUAGCAAUACCAUAUUGUGAAGGAAGCUGAACUUUAUUCAGUGGCUGCAACUUUAGUUCAGAUGAAGCGAUGUGUAUUAUUGUGUGCUCAGUCUCAUAUCUGUGAAACAUCUCAUAGGAGAGAAGUGUUUUUCCAGUUUCCCUCCCUGAACCUGGAAACGUGCAGUGUUGAUUUUCCAGUUUUUGAUUGAUUUCACUCAUCACUGACACUUGUGCCUUUUAUCCGAACAAACUCACAAUCAGAGCCCACCGUUUUGAUCGUGGCUAUGAAGAAGCAAUGAUGGACGCUCCUGUCAGCGGCCAUUCAUUCAUUCAUACAUUCAUUCAUUCAUUGGUCCCACUGACGUUUUUUUUUAAGCUUGCCGUUCAAACAAGCAAAAUUUGCACUUUAUUUCAUAUUAAGGAUUUAUUUCUAUAUGUGUGUUUGUCAUGAUGGAAAAAAAACCUGUUGAUACACUAAUUGUGAUGCAAUCAGUAAGAUGAUCUUUUUGAUAAAACGAGUAUUUCCUGUUUUCUUUUUUUCAAAAUUGUUACUUGACUGUUUGAGCAUGAACAUGUCUGUGUGUGUGUGUGUGUGUGCGUGUGUGUGUGUGUGAAGAGGAGGACCAGAAAGAGGAAGGGGAGAAAGUGUUUGUUUAAGAAAGAUUGUUUAUUUAUGUGGCUAUUUAUUGAAAUAAAGUUCACUUCCUGAAGUA